CCUACAUAUGUGCUUCGGUUGCUCUGAGGAGAAGCCGGAGUCAGCGGAGGUAGUCGAGCAGUGGAAGAGAAACUAUUAGAGAAGAUGGUUUCAGUGAAUUCGCCGUAUCUGGUGCCGGUGUCCUGCGCCCAGGCUCUGCUCGGUGUGGGCUGUCUAACUGUCGCCUGCCUCGCUUUCCUGCUGGUUCGCCAGCUCGUCAAGCAGAGAAGACCCCCGGGCUUUCCUCCUGGUCCAUCUCCCAUCCCAGUGAUAGGGAACAUCAUGUCUCUGGCCACCGAGCCGCACGUCUUCCUCAAGAAGCAGAGUGAAGUUCAUGGACAGAUUUUCAGUCUCGACCUGGGAGGCAUCUUGACAGUGGUAUUAACUGGAUAUGAUUGCGUCAGGGAAUGCCUUUACCAUCAAAGUGAGGUGUUUGCUGAUCGCCCAUCGCUGCCUUUAUUCAUAAAAAUGACCAAAAUGGGUGGGCUUCUCAAUUGUAAAUAUGGCAAAGCCUGGAUUGAACACCGCAAACUGGCUUGCAACUCUUUCCGUUACUUCGGCAGCGGCCAGAGACAGUUUGAAAGGAAGAUCUCGGAGGAGUGCAUGUUCUUUGUCGAUGCCAUUGACGAACACAAAGGAAAGCCCUUUAACCCCAAACACCUGGUGACCAACGCUGUGUCCAACAUUACCAACCUGAUCAUUUUUGGACAGCGUUUUACUUACGACGACCGCAACUUCCAGCACAUGAUUGAGAUUUUCAGUGAGAACGUGGAGCUAGCAGUAAGCGGCUGGGCCCUCCUCUACAACGCCUUCCCUUGGAUUGAGUAUGUGCCCUUUGGAAAACACCAGAAGCUGUUCCGCAAUGCUGCUGAGGUGUAUGACUUCUUGCUGCAGGUUAUACAGGAUUUCUCACAGGGCAGGGUGCCACAUGCACCUCGCCACUAUGUUGAUGCCUAUUUGGAUGAGUUGGAGCAGAAUGCAGGAGAACCCAGCUCCUCUUUUUCCUAUGAGAACCUCAUCUACUCAGUGGGUGAGCUUAUUAUUGCUGGCACAGAGACCACUACUAACACCCUGCGAUGGGCCAUGCUGUACAUGGCUCUCUACCCCAACAUACAAGAGAGGGUGCACAGAGAGAUCGACAGCUUGCUGGCCAAUGGGAGAGCACCCACUUUGGAGGACAAACAGAAGAUGCCUUACGUAGAGGCUGUUCUGCACGAGAUCCUUCGCUUUUGCAACAUUGUCCCACUUGGUAUUUUCCGUGCCACCUCCCAGGAUGCAAAAGUCAACGGGUACACAAUUCCCAAAGGCACCAUGGUGAUCACAAACCUCUACUCAGUGCACUUUGAUGAGAAGUACUGGACCGAUCCAGGUGUUUUCUCACCACAGAGGUUUCUGGACAGCAAUGGCAACUUUGUGAGGCGUGAGGCAUUCCUGCCAUUCUCCUUGGGGAGGCGUUGCUGCCUGGGCGAACAGCUGGCCAGGAUGGAGAUGUUCCUAUUUUUCACCACUUUGCUGCAAAGGUUUCAUCUUCAGUUCCCUCCAGGAACAAUUCCCACUGUCACUCCCAAACUGGGCAUGACCUUACAGCCCAAACCUUACUCCAUCUGUGCUGUCCGCAGGCAGCAGAAAAGUCCCUGCUCUUGAGACACUCCUUAUCACGGGUGGGCAAGCAGGAAUUUAUUACGGCUUGUUAAACUGUUCAAGCCAGAAUUUGACUAUUUUGCACAGCAAUGCAACCACAUGAUACAGGUGCAAAAAAUCUGUAUCGCUCUGGAUUGUAGCGUCCAGUUCCACUGCGUCACAGUUUUCAGUGACAAAAGUAGCUUGACACAUGGACACGUAAUCCAGUUUAUUCAAUUACUCUUGAAUUCUUUUACUGAGCAAAAUGCAUGUUUGCACAAUACUUUUUAUUUUUUUUUUAUUUUAA